AUGUUGUCUAAUGAGAUUGUGAGUGGUUGGAAAAUGCAGAGUUCGGACGAUCUUCUUUACGAUAUACCGAGUGUACCAAAGUUUGCUGACUUGAAGCGAAUGGCCGACGGUGAAUCGGCGAACGAUUCGAACGUUACAAUUGGAGAUGGCUUUUUUGAUGUAAGUGGUAUUGUUGCGGGGAGCAUACUGAAUAACAAUAAAGUGAGGGCUGGUUCUAAACAAACAGAAGCUGAAUGUUUUGUGAAUGAGAAUAAAGAAAAUGAACUGUCCUUAAAGCAGACGAUUGAUGAUAGUGAUGAUGAUAGUUUAUUCGGUAUUAAAAAAAUGGCAAUGUUUCGGCAGUCUCAACAGAAUCGACGAGGAGUAAGUACUGAGAGAUUAAAUACGGGAGACACGCAAGCAUCGUUGGCCAAACCAAGAUCCAUUAGUUGCGAUAAUAAACUGAAACGCCGAUCAGAUAUGCCAACAGUGAAUAACAGAGAUGGUAAUAAAAGGCCACAAAUUGAACGUCGUUCGAUACCAGUGGCAUUAUAUAAAAAGGCAAUUAAUAACAAUAGAGCGGCCAAUAAACCAAAUAUACAGCAGCGUCUCAAUAUGGCUAAUCCGGCUGCUUACAAGGGUCCUGAAACAAGACAAAGGGCUAAAAUUGAUAAACAGGCUAUAAUAUCGGCAUCGGUAAUACCUUCAUCUGUUCGAUCGGCUGACUCAUCAGCGGCUAAUAAGAAACAAAUAUUAACAACGAAUAAAACAACCACAAAUAAGGCUGACGACAAUAAAAACGAUAAACCAAAAAAUAUUGUCAGAAGGGAACAUAUUCCUCGUGAAAGAACACGUCGCCCUCAGAAAACCGAUACUGGUCCGGUUCGCUUGCAAAAAACAUCGAUCACAUCAGCACCUAAAAAUUUGCCGGCAGUGCAAACUGAGCGUCGUUUUCGAGAGUCCGUAACUCGCCGACAAAGAGGUGGAGAAUCGAUGGAACGUGAUAUCACUCAUGAUGCAACUCCAGUAAAAAGUGCAACUAAACCGGCAGCUGCGAAUCAAUCGAGCAAAAGACGGAGCGGCUUUCUAGUGGGAUCUCAUCCAUCAACACGAGGAUUGCGCAAUGAUGUUGUUAGAGUCAGAUCGAAUCCGAAUUCGCGUCCGGGAAGUCGUGCGCAGAGUGCUGAUGGUCUAGCUGAGAAGUUGAACCAAAUACAUGUUAAUAAUUAA